UUCCUAUAGAGAAGCUGCCAGGGAGAAGCCGGAGCGCACAGACGGAGCGCAGCGCGACACGCAUCCCCGGCCUGGCUGGCACAAACCCGGGACUCAACUCAUCCACAUGCAGCCUUCAUGCUGGGACGAGCUGAAAGCGACCUAAACCAGGGGACAUGUGGAGCUUUUUUACGCGCUCUGGGCAAGUUUUGCGCCACUUGCUCUUGUGGCACAAAGUGCGCACGGUGCCUCUGUUUAUGAACUCUUAAGACUGUAGAAUGAGCUCAGUGAAUAUGCCAUGUUUUGCGCUUUGUGUCCUCGUGCUCAUGAUUGCGACCCAUGGGAUGUAGUAAAUGGAGAGCUGCGUUCAACUUUGGACACCUGAAGGCGCAGUCCAAACUGUCCGUCUUCUUUACCAUGAUCAUUAUCUUCACAUACCUCUUUUACUGCCUCAACGGAUAUUGUGACUCCCUGCCCAGACCUGUGUAUGACCAUCAAAGCGAUCUUCAGAACCAGUUUUCUUUACGUGAUGGGCACGACGGCGAGCAGCUCCUCGAGAAUAAUAACGCGUCCCCGCUCUCCGUCGUCCGGGAACAGCUGUCGGAGCUUUCCGGCGGCGAUGAGCCAUUCAAUAAUAUUUCUAUUGCUAAUAAUUUUGGGAGCAAAAAGUUCCCCCAGGCCAUCAUCAUCGGGGUGAAGAAAGGUGGCACCAGGGCUCUGCUGGAGUUCCUGCGCAUCCAUCCGGACGUGAGAGCCGUGGGCGCGGAGCCGCACUUCUUUGACCGCUUCUAUGAGAAGGGACUGCAAUGGUACAGGAACUUGAUGCCACGUACCCUGGAGGGUCAGAUCACCAUGGAGAAGACUCCAAGUUACUUCAUCACCAAAGAAGCCCCUCGCCGUGUCCUCUCCAUGAGCCGAGACACCAAGCUCAUCGUGGUGGUGCGAGACCCUGUGACCAGGGCUAUUUCAGAUUACACUCAGACUCUGACCAAAUCUCCUGGACUCCCAUCUUUCCAGAGCCUGGCCUUCCGCAAUACCACUACAGGAGUCAUCGACACGUCUUGGAGCGCCAUACGUAUCGGCAUCUACGCCAAGCACCUAGAGAACUGGCUGCACUACUUUCCACUCUCGCGCUUUCUUUUCGUCAGCGGGGAACGCCUCGUGUCAGACCCGGCAGGGGAAAUGGGCCGAGUCCAAGACUUUCUAGGGCUCAAGCGUGUGGUGACUGAUAAGCACUUCUACUUCAACCAGACCAAAGGUUUCCCCUGCCUGAAGAAGCCUGAAGGGAGCAGCAGGCCACGCUGCCUGGGGAAGUCGAAGGGCCGACCCCAUCCUCAGAUACCGGCCGAGGUUCUGCUCAGGCUCAGAGACUUCUACAGACCCUUCAAUCUCAAGUUCUACCAAAUGACCGGCCAAGAUUUUGGCUGGAACUGAGUAGCUAGCCACCAAAGUUCUUCAAAACUGUCACUGCCACAUCGUGCACAGCUUCAACUGUGCAAAAUAUGUCUUUUCUUAGUUUCCUUAGCAACAAUAACACCAUACAAAAGUCUUGCUAACAACAUUUGUUAGAGUUUCCGCCUUUGGAGUCACUUUAGCAAACAUUUUUAAACAAAAUCUCAUCAGUACUUCUGCAUUACGAUAAGCACAAGCCACACUGAUACAUCCUGCUUAUUUGUCUGCAGCUGGAAAAUUCUAGUAUUUCACACCUCGAGCACUAGAGGUAUAUUAAACUCUGGCAGUUGUCCAAAACACUUAAUAAAAACAGCAUGAAUUUCAAUAUAACACCAGAGGGAAGUUGAUAGGCGCCAACAUUAAACCAUAAAGCAAAAGGCAAACAGGCCUUGGCAAACUCCAUGAAUGCAGAAAAUUAUUUUGAAUUACGUACAGAGGUACAAUCAUAUUUUAUCAAUGGGUGCUGUUGAGACGUUAAUAAUCAAUUAAAUCACAUCAGCACUAUUCACUUGUAUUCAACAAAAUGUAUAUACAGCCUUUUUUUCUUUAGUUUAUUUGAUGAAAGAUUAUUUUAAAGCCUUUAACUUUCUUCUUUAAGUUUCAGCAAGAAUUCAAUAUCUGAAGGAUGCAGAAGGUACCCGGCAUGCUAAAAAAAAUCUUUUAUGUGCUGUAAAUGUGCUCUUAUUUAUGCUCUCAUUGCAACGCUUUUAAUAUUUACGAGCUGCUACGAACAUUUACAGCAGCGUCGUGGAGUCACACGACUCUUACGGUACUUACAUGCAACUGUGUAUUUCUACAAGCCUAAUUUAUUAGAAGAGAAACUGUUGUAGAGUUGUUUUCUCUUUUGUAUUUUGUAUUUGAAACCAUGCUGAAAAUAC